CCCUUGUUUCUUUUCCAAACCCUUUCAGAAUGGCGCUGGAUAUCUAUGACUCUCAGUACUUGCUCAUCCUGGCCCCCACCCUUGUCAUCGCCCUGAUGUUCCUCUUCUUCUGGCUCUUCAUGAAGGAGACCUCCUACGAUGAGGUGCUGGCCCGGCAGAAACGAGACCUCAAGCUACCACCAUCCAAGCCAGACACCCGUAAGAAGAAUGACAAGAAGAAGAGCAAGAAGAAGGAGAGUGCUAGUGGAGGAGGCGGCAGAGGUGGAGGAGAGUCUGAAGAGGAUCUGCAGGACUUUGAUUUGGCUGAUGGUACCAACGCUAUGGACGUAGAAGAGGAACCUACACCAGUGGCUACACCAGAUCCAGCUCCAGAGACACCUACUCCUUACGUGCCGGUCUCUGUGUCACCUGAGGCUCCUGUUAGUCUGAGGGAGAGGAAGAAGAAGGACAAGAAGGCCGCCAAGGCUGCUGCUGCUGCGGCUGCUGCUGCUGCUUCCUCUGAGGAGCCAGAGAUGAACGGAUCCAAGCCGGUGAGCCGCAAGUCAGAGCAAACUCUGUCUGCGGGCAAACAGUCCAGCCCCCCCUCUCCCCAGCUUGAGGUUGAGGUCCAGGUCCAAUCUGUCCAGGCUCCUGUUCAGGCUCAGACACCUCCCCAAACCUCUGGGAAGAAGAAGGACAAGAAGAAACAAAAAGCAGAGCCUGUUGCAGUGGAUGACCAGCAGCCUGAGGCUAAGUCCGAGCCGGCCCCAGUGAAGAAGGAAGCUCCUAUUGUGGCGGAAACCAAAGUUCUGGACGGGGCAACCCCUGUUGCUACGAGUGGCAAGAAGAAGAACUCCAAGAAGCAGAAGACCGAGCAUGUUGACGAAGCCCAUGUUCUGGCUGACUUGGCGGCUUCUGCCAACCACCAGGCAGGUCAUAACGACGAUGCACCCGCUAAAGGGAGUGGCAAGAAACAGAAGAAUGAGACCGACAAAGAGAACACCGGGGUGAAGCUGAAGGAGUUGCUGUCUGGUCUGUCCAGCCUCGCUCUGUCAGAGGCCGAGGCCGUCAGUGUGAUGACUCUUCUCCGGGAAAAGAGCCCUAAUGCUUUGGAUGCCUGCUUCAAAUCUGCAGCCAGGCCUGACCCAGCUCUACAGGAGCGAGAGAGACUUCUUACAACUGUACAAGAGGAGGCGUCCAUUGCCAAGGACAAAGUGAAGCAGCUUAGCCAGGAGCUUCAUGUUGAGAAGCAGAAGACAUCCCGAGUGGAGGCAGUGAUGAGGGACCAACGUGCAGCCGUGGAGAAAGAACUGGGGAGCAUGCAGGGCAAAGCACAGGGCAGCUACCAGGAGCUCCAGUCCAUGCAGAUCAAGUUCCAGCAGGUGAGGGAGCAGCUGGAAAGCCAGAUCACUCGACUGCAGCAGGAGAACGGCAUCCUGAGGGACGCAGUCAGCUCUGCCACCAACCAGAUGGAGAGCAAGAAUUCAGCAGAGCUGAACAAUCUGCGUUCUGAGUACACCGGUCUGAUGAAAGAGCUGGCAGACAAUAACAGCAAGCUGCAGCAGGAGGAGCACCAGAGGAAGUCACUGGAGGUCAACUACAAGCAGAACGUGUCCCAGCUGGAGGUACGCUAAUCC